AUGACUUUGUAUCAUUUUGGAAAUUGUCUAGCAUUGGUUUAUGCCCCAUAUCAUAUGGCAUACAAAUUCUCGGGAAUAUCUGAAUAUGCAACAUUCUCUAAAUGUGUACAUGCUGGAGGUCUUUACAUCUUUACUCAGCUCUGUAAGAUGCUGUUGCUAGCUACAUUCUUUCCUGAUACUGACAGCAGCCACAUAACAGGAGAAUAUAAUGUGUUCUUGGAAAUUCUGAAGGCAACAGUGGACUUCGCAGACUUGCUGGGAAUAUACUUUGCUCUUAACUCCGUGCCAGGCAAAGGUCAUGCUAAAAUACUCACAUCAGCCAUUGGGUGGGCAAGUGCAGAGGUGGUGGUGACGCGCAGUGUCCUGCUGUGGGUGGGUGCGCGCGGCUCGGAGUUCGACUGGCGCUACGUGCGCUCGUGCGCGGAGUCCAACGUGGCGCUGCUGCACACGGCGGCCACCGCGGCGCUAGUGUGGCUGUGGACGCGCAGUGACCUGCCACGCAAACAUUCCCCCAUCGUCAUCACUCUACUCGCACUGUCUCCAUACAGAGGACUCAUCGAGGAAGCUGUUGGCAGCAUCCUCUCCCUCAGUGCUUGGGCCUUAUUAGCCCUGAGAGCCAUCCACGCUAGUGCAGUAGGUUUGACAGCUUUAGGAAUGUAUGCUGUUCUAGCUCAACAAAUUGGAAUUUAA